UUGAAAUAUGAGUUCUUCUUAUUCUUCAAAAAAAUAUGUGGUCUCCUCCGGUUCUUCAAGAAAUAAAUUAACGAAUUUGUAUAUGGAAUUGUCUCCUAAGUCAUUGUAUACCUUUGAUGCCAACCAAAAAAAUCGCCACAAGAAUCCUGAUAUGGAAUUCAGUGAAAGUGAUCUUCUGAUCACGACUGAUAACCAAGUAAAAGUGAAGGAACUCAAAAGCAGGCUUGAUGAACUUGAUAUCAUAGAAGACAUUGCAAUUGCUACGAAGAAAUCAUAUGAUGAAGUGAUUAAAGCUAGAAAGAGAGGUUGGUGGGAGUCGAUUGAGCAGCUUAAUGAACCUCAAGUAACCAAGUUUGAAGCUUGGAUGGAUACUAUUAUUUUUAACAUGCAGAAUCGUUUGAAUGAAAUGGAAAAUGGAGCUUCGUCCUCAUAAUUAAAAUGUGAAGCUUGAAGCAAAAUUCAAAUCAUAGAUGAAAUUAUCACAUAUAGAAAUAUUGGUGAAAACCCUAGAAAGUUCAUAUUUACAAUAUUGAGAUGUUUGUUUUUGUUUUUGGUUUAUUUCAUUUCAAUGUUUCAACAUUCCUGUGCUUUGCUAUGAUUUCUAUAAUAAUAUUUGAUAUAAUUAAGAAUUUCUA